AUGGCGGGUGCACACAGGAGAACUUUGCAAAGCAGGCGAGUGGGGUCUCUUCUCAUUUUUAUGUGCGUAUCUGUGGGGAGUACAGCAACCAUCCGCUAUUCGGUGGCGGAGGAGAUGGAAAGCGGAUCUUUUGUGGCCAAUGUGGCUAAGGAUUUAGGACUGGAGGUAGGGAAACUGUCUGCGCGCGGGGCGCGACUGGUCCCCCAGGGCAACAAGCUGCACUUUCGGCUCCACGGCAAGACGGGAGAUUUGUUCGUGAAGGAGAAACUGGAUCGGGAGUCUCUUUGUGGCAAAGCCGACCCGUGCGUUUUGCACUUUGAAAUUGUCCUAGUGGAGCCUCUGCAGUCUUUCCGUGCAGAGGUCAGGGUGUUUGAUAUCAAUGACAACGCACCCAUUUUUCUAAACAAGGAGCCUCUGUUAAAGAUUCCAGAAAGCACCCCCUUGGGUUCACGUUUUCCUCUGCAGAGCGCCCAGGAUCUGGACGUGGGCCUCAAUGGUCUCCAGAACUACACCUUGAGCCCCAACCCUUAUUUCCACCUGCACACUCGCUUCCGCAGCCACGGGCCCAAGUAUGCUGAGCUAGUGCUGGAUAAACCGCUGGAUAGAGAGGAGCAGCCUGAAAUCAACUUGACAAUUACAGCGGUAGAUGGCGGAUCCCCGCCCAAAUCUGGCAACGCCCAUAUCCGCGUGUUGGUUCUGGACGUCAACGACCACGUGCCCCAGUUCUCGCGACUGGUGUACCGCGCUCAGGUACCAGAGAACAGUGCCAACGGUUCUUUCGUGGUCAUGGUGACUGCCAAGGACCUAGAUGAGGGCUCCAACAAGGAGAUAACUUACUCUUUAGCUCAAAACCCAGAAACAAUUCUCCAGACGUUUCAGAUUGACUCUCAAACUGGAGAGGUUCGACUCCGAGGGCCCCUAGAUUUUGAAGCUAUAGAAACGUAUGACAUUGAUGUUCAAGCUACAGAUGGAGGAGGGCUCUCUGCACACAGCAAAGUCUUGGUGGAUGUCAUCGAUGUAAAUGACAAUCCCCCUGAAGUGAUGAUUUCUUCUGUGUCCAGCCCUCUCCCUGAGGACUCACUACCACAAACUGUAGUGGCUCUCUUCACGAUCCGAGACCGGGACAUUCGAGUGGGAGGAAAAAUCACCUGCUUCCUCAAAGAAGAAGACUUUCCUUUUAUAGUCAAACCUACAUUACGAAAUUCUUACUCUCUGGUCACUGAUAGAAGCUUGGAUCGGGAAGAUGUCUCAGGCUACAAUAUCACCCUUGUUGCCAUGGAUACUGGACCACCCAGUCUGUCCACAGAAACUGUGAUAGAAGUGCUAAUAUCUGACAUUAAUGACAAUCCUCCAGUGUUUCAGGAAGAUUCCUACAUCUUAACUGUUCGAGAAAACAACAGCCCUGCAAUUUUUAUUGGUAAAGUCCAUGCUGAUGAUUCAGAUUUGGGUGAGAAUGCCCAAGUAACAUAUUCCCUGCUGCCUCCCAAAAGUGGAGAUCUAUCAGUCUUUGCUUACAUCUCCAUAAAUUCAGACAAUGGGAAGCUCUAUGCACUGAGAACCUUGGAUUACGAGGCGAUUCAAAAUUUUCAGUUUGUAGUAAAGGCAACUGAUGGGGGAUUUCUGUCACUGAGUAGCCAAGUUACUGUCAGAGUGGUUGUACUGGAUGAAAAUGACAAUCGUCCAAUGAUUCUGUAUCCACUGCAGAAUGGUACUUUGCCCUGUAAUGACCUGGUGCCCAGGUCUGCUGAGGCAGGCUAUCUAGUGACCAAAGUGGUGGCUGUUGAUGGUGACUCAGGUCAGAAUUCUUGGCUGUCAUACCAUCUAUUUAAGGCUACUGACCUUGGGUUAUUUUCUGUUCAGCGACAAAAUGGGGAAAUCCAUACAGUGAGGCAGAUAACUGAAAGAGAUCCUGUGAUGCAGAAACUUACCAUUCUGGUUCAGGAUCAUGGCCAACCAGCUCUCUCCACUACUGCCUCACUCAACAUCCUGCUGGUAGAUGGCUUUUCAGAGCCCUACCUGCAGUUCCGGGAUCCAUCCAGACAUUCUCAGAAGGUAAAUCCAUCCACCAAAUAUUUGGUCAUUUCUCUGGCUGUGCUUUCCUUUCUUUUUCUACUCUCUGUCACAAUGAUUUUCAUUGUGCACAUCUACCAGAAGAUUAAACAGAGAGAAAAGUUCACAAUUCAAGAACAUUUCUAUGAUGACUGUAAUUUCCCUAAUAAUCUGGUACAAGGUGGAGGCCAUGGAUCUUUAUCACAGCCUUGUGCAUAUGACAUGUGCUCAGCCACUGGCACUGGAAACAGUGAGUUCCGAUUUCUUAAACGCUUUAUGCCCAAUUUCCCUUUCUCCCAUGUCACUGGAGAGGUAAAAACAGAGGAUGGCUCCUCUUUACCUUCAGAUUCUAAUAGGAAUAGAUCUCGGGGGUCAGAGGGCCAUUCUCAGUUAUCUAAUAACUAUAUGUAG